AUGGAUUGGAGAAAGCUUUUUGGAUGCUCUGAAGGUCUCGAUUUGGAAUUCCAUCCGCCUAGGGUUUGUGAAGGAAUUACUUCUGUUCAUCCGCCUCCUGAAGUUCUUGAAGCUGGGAUUGAAGAGUGGAAGCUUUCACUCAUUGGCCAAUUCCUCGGUGCUGCCCCUAACUUUGCUGCAAUGCAACGCAUCGUUAAUAAUCUCUGGAGGAAGGCUCUUGAUGGCAGUAAAGUCCAGAUUCACUUUUUCAACGUGCCCUUAGAACUCUUCUCUAGAUCUAGUCUGAGUUACAUAGCUAGUGCCAUAGGCUCUCCCUUUACUAUGGACUCUGUAACUGCUGCUAAAACUAACCUGGAAUUCACGAAAGUCUAUGUUGAGAUUGGGGUUAAAGAUAUUAUUCCCCAAUACGUGGAAGUGGUCCUUAAAGAUAGAAAAACUACUUAUGUAGUUGUUGAGAUACCCUGGCUUCCCUCUAACUGUAAAAAUUAUUGUGUAUUUGGCCAUAGUGAUAAGAAUUGUAAUGUUCAGAAACUUAAAGCUCCUACUAAACAACAAGUCUGGAAAAAGAAAGAAACUAUUCAUCUUUCCCAAAUUACUGAACCUGUUGUAGGAGGCAUUGAAUUAUUGCAAGAGUCUGAGCCUUCUAUUCCUAUCUUAGAAGAAGACUCUUUUAAAGCUUCUACCGUCUUAGUAUCUGAGCCUACUGUAUCAAAUAUAGAGGUUUCGGUUGUCAAUACGAAUAAUUCUGAUGCUCCUAAAAAAGAGAUGGGUAGACCAGUCAAAAACAAAUCUAAACUAUCCCUAUCUGUAUCAAAUAAUAUAUUUGAGGUUCUAAGUGUUGAGGAUGAUUAUUCAAUAGUUCACGAAAGUAAUCAAAGGAAAACUAGGCAUGCUUCUUUAGGAGUUGCUAGAAUUGUGAAUGAAUUGAAGAUGAAAAAGAAAGAUUCGUUAGUUAAAGCAAAAAAUGUUGAGGUAGGAGGUUUUCAUUCUGGUUUUCCUUUUGUCAUUACUACUGUAUAUGGUAGUAAUUAUGGUAGAGAAAGAAGGCUUCUUUGGCAGCAAUUAAGGGAUUUAGAUAGGUACAUUGGCCAUUUACCUUGGGUCAUAGGAGGUGAUUUUAAUAUCAUCCUGAACUCUAAUGAAUCUUCUGACUUUGAUCUGUUGGGUCCUUCUUCUUCUUCUGAUAUGAGUGAUUUCCAGGAAACUCUUUCUGACCUUGAACUUUUUAACCAUCCAUAUGUUGGCCCAUCUUUUACAUGGAGUAAUAAACAGAAGAAUGCUUUCCUUGCAAGGAAACUUGAUAGGGUCCUUGUUAAUCAAACUUGGAGCAGUUCUUUCCAUUCUUCCCAUGUGGAGUUUCUGGCACCUGGCAUUUCUGAUUACUGCCUUGCUCUUCUUUGA